AUGGCUCACAAUGGCUCGGGGCAUAAUUCGACCCCGAUACUACACCGUGCUGGGCUCGCUGGGGCUGCAGCGCGGUUUGCGCAACACUCUUAUGGCCCCGACUACAUCGCGUUGGGGUUCCUUGUGAUGGGAUGGGUCCUGAUUCAGUUAUUUGUAAACCCAUUCCACCGCAUGUUCUCCCUUGACAACAAAUCCAUCCAAUACCCAUUCGCCGUCCACGAACGAGUCCCUGUUUUGUGGUCUGUCAUCAUUGCUGGAGUCAUUCCUUUCUUGAUCAUAUUGGCUUGGUCUGCGAUGGUUCGCGCUGGUGUCCAAAAGACGCAAGUGACGGUACUCGGCCUGUUUGUGGCUUUGAUGUUGACCUCACUAUUGACGGACAUCGUCAAGAAUGCUGCGGGGAGACCUCGUCCAGACCUAUUGUCGCGCUGCAAACCAGCGCGCGGUACACCAAAUAAUGCGCUGGUCGCAUGGACUGUCUGUACAGAAUCAAACCAGCAUAUCCUGCAAGAAGGAUGGCGAAGUUUCCCUAGUGGACACAGUAGUUUCUCAUUUGGCGGUCUAGGUUAUCUUUACCUUUUCUUUUGUGGUCAGAUGCAUGUAUUCCGGCCCCGGACUGAUCUGGGUCGCUGUCUACUGGCAUUCUUUCCACUCCUAUGUGCUCUGAUGGUCGCAAUCUCACGCUUAGAUGAUUAUCGACACGACGUGUAUGAUGUGACUUGUGGAGGGCUCUUGGGUAUGUUAAUAGCCUGGUUCUCGUACCGCCGCUAUUAUCCGCCUUUGCGAUCAGUUCUUUGUGAUGUACCCUACGACAAGGCGGAUCUUGCUGGACCAGACGGAUUUGCCAAACUGGACGACGAAGAGCAGGGUCUAUCGCGACCCUUCAUCUCCCGUGCCGGUCCUUCAGAGACUUACCAGCUUCAGGAUGCGGAAUCCUCUCGCUGA